AUGGCCGCCGCUGUUGAUUUCACCUCGGGUCAAGACCACGCCUUGAUGAUGGCUUCACGCCAGGAUGAGCUCUUGGCCAAGACAUCGAAGAUCAAGAAAUCUCUGCACAAGAUAUGGGAGAUGGAGAAGUCUUUGGGCGAACUGGCCCGGAUAUGGGAGAUGGAGAAUUAUCAGGGCGAACUGCGGGAGAACGAGAAAUAUCUACCCACGCUUUUGGCCCUGCUCGAUUUGAAGAAAUUAAUAUCGAAAGAGCUUUGCCUACUACGCCCCAGUAGGGCCGGCAGUUGCAAACAUGGAGACGUUCAUCCCUACCCAAGGGGCAAGUACACUGGUGCCUUAUAUGAAAUUAAAUUCAAUUUCGGAGGAGAACUUAAGGAUAUGGGAGCACCUCGACCUGUAGCCAAGUUCAGCAGUUUUAACGUUCGGGGUGCAAGGAUUUUCGAUCGCUCCCAACUAUAUGUUUUUACAGAGGAGGGUUCGGAUCAACUUUGCCUUAGGUCAUUUGGAGGAUUUAUCUUUGAUACAAAAACUGGGAAUUUAGAUCCCUUGACAGAGUCUACCGUACAGUUUAAGCCGCGUGGAACAUUUGUUUCGGCAUAUGGCACACUUUAUUUUCUUGAAGGCAAAUCGCCCUCGGAACCAAGUCGGUGUCUAGGUUUUGGGAAAUACGAUCCUGAUAAGAAGGAUUGGGUGCGAAUGCGUUUGUUUCCAUUUUCUUAUGGAUAUACCAUGAGGGUAACUGGUUAUGCUGUUUGUUAUGGCCUUAUUUUGUAUACAUUGUCUGACUUGCAUCGAAACUUUGAUGUCGUUGCUUUUCACGUGGCUAGAAAGGAUUGGAUACGAGUGGAAGUUGAGACUUAUACUCCUUUCCAAGGGAGGGCUGUGGUUGUAGGCGAGACUAUCUAUGCCUUAAAUUCGUCUAAUGGGGAGGAGAUUAUAGCAUACUCCUUGAAAAGGAAAGAAGAUGACAACGGUGGUACUACAUAUUCACUAGUCCAACUGUUUAAAUUGAACGACCUUGAGAUUGCUGUUCCGCCAUUGCAAUUUGGUGAAUUUGUGACUUCCUAUUUGGUUCAUCUAGGGAACCAAGACUUUGUUCAUGUUAAGACUGCCACUAACAAAGAAUGUGAUGAGGUUCAACAUGUUUGUAUCACCACGUUUCAAAUUGUUCAAGGAAGAAGACACAUAAUUGAGACCUUACAUUCAACAAUUCUUCCUAUGGAUAUUGAAGCCCGUAAUUGGUUUAGCCUUAAGUUCUGCUUUACUCCAGAGUGCGUGGAUUAUGAACCCGUAGAAGCGGAGAGUGCAGCUAGCACGAAGAAGCCAAAACAAGAAGAUGAAAUCAUUCUGGAUGAGAGUUCUUUUAUGUGGGAGGAAGAAGCAAGCACGAAAUAG